AUGGCUCAAGAAUCAAGGGACAGUGGCAAGCAGAGAAAGCUUCUUGUGGACAAGGUAGUUGGACCGUUUGUCAUAUCUCGGUGCUUAGAAGAUAGUGAAAGGUGUAAGAGCUCCCCUGCUGCUCAACAAGACAACCUCCCUCCAACCAGUGUCAUCAUCUGCUUCCAUAAUGAAGCUCGAUCAGCUCUCCUCAGGACAAUAGUCAGUGUGCUGAACAGAAGCCCUCCAAAGCUAAUACAAGAGAUCAUUUUAGUGGAUGAUUUCAGCCGUGAUCCACAAGAUGGUGAACUGUUGCAAGCCAUUCCUAAAGUGAAGUUGCUCCGUAUGAAAUCUAGACAUGGUCUCAUAAAGUCUCGGAUUAUUGGAACUGAACAAGCCAUUGGUCCAGUGGUACUAUUCCUGGACAGCCAUUGUGAGGCCACUCAGGGAUGGUUAGAACCUCUCCUCAGUCGGAUCAAGGAAAACUCGUCUCACGUUGUUUCACCAGUUAUUGAUAUUCUGAACAAAGACGACAUGAGCUACACACUGGCUAGCCCCGUGGUCAGAGGUGGUUUUGGGUCCAACCUUCACUUCAAGUGGGACACAAUGUCCUCUAAGGAGAUGCGAUCACGAUCACCAGUGGACCCCAUCAGGACCCCUGCAAUUGCUGGAAGGCUGUUUGCAGUGGACAAGACAUGGUUUGAGCACAUUGGUCUGUAUGAUGGACAGAUGGAGAUAUGGGGAGGAGAGAAUGUGAAGCUAUCCCUGCGAGUGUGGAUGUGUGGAGGUAGUAUGGAGAUCAUUCCUUGUUCUCAUGUUGGACACAUCUUCCGGUCAGCCAUGCCAUACUCGUUUGGAGAGGGGAACUCGUACCACAGUACUGUUACAAGGAACAUUAGGCGCACUGUUGAGGUCUGGAUGGACUCCUACAAGCCGUACUACUAUGAGCAGAAUCUCAAGGUGGAUUUUGGAGAUAUUUCAGAGAAACAAGAGUUGAGAGAGCAGUUGCAUUGCAAGUUAUUUUCAAUGGUUCUUGGAUAACAUCUACCCUCAGUUUAGUGCUCCACCAAUUCAAGACUUCACUUAUGGUCAACUGCGCACCAUUGGCAGUGGUCUGUGCCUGGAUGCUAGGAGGUCAUUUGCUAGUCAGCCAGUGGUCCUCAGUCAGUGCUCCCCAACCAAAGACAAGUCUGUCAAGGGACAGUCGUAUAGUCUAUGUACUCCAAGGGAGGUGUCAAGCAGCGAACUCUGUGCCUUGGUGUAACUCUCAGGACAGCUCAAAGCUUCCAGCUCCAGUCUAAUGGUCUCUUGGUGCACACUGCAACCCGACGCUGUGCUACCAGUAGCAAUGAGCAGCACCUCACUCUAGUACAAUGUGACACUGAACACAAUACAGACACUUCUAUUGAAUGGGAUUUUGUCAUAUCAACAUAAAUGUUUGCUCCAUCACAAAAUCAACUACAACUACU